AUGGCGUUUCUCCAAGGACCUUCCCUGAAACAGGCAGAGAUAAUUAAACAAGAAUUAGGGGAGUCUCCAGGAGACAUAGAUCGAGGAGUGCGGGACCUGCGCAGCAUGCUUGCAGCCUCACCGUGCUUGCCACAACCUGAGAACAUAAGUCUCCGAGUGCUUGAGCUCUUCGUUCGCGGUUGUCGCAUGGACCUGGACCGAGCUCGCACCAAAUUAGAAGCCUACUGUUUGGCCCGUGCACGUUGCCGAGACCUUUUCGAGCAUCUUUCUCUCAGUGUACCACCUCUCAGCAAUGUCUGCAAGUUCAUGGAUAUUGUAGUCCUGCCAAAGCUGACAGACGAAGGCUACCGAGUGACAAUCUUCAGAAUAAAGGCAGAGUACCCGGAGGGGACAACUGACAUAGCCAACACAGCGCGUGCCGUGCUUCUCUUGAGUGAUGCCAGAAUGCACGAUGAACAUCUCAUAGCCGGAGACGUGUUCGUAUAUGAGGUCUCCCAAGUGCGUGGUUCUAUUGUGGCUCACGUGGCAGCGGCAAUCAACACGGUUCGUCGAGCUAUCCAUCUAGCGCAAGCGGCCUACCCUCAGAGAUUAAAGAGGAUCCACGUGGUCGGUUCACCGCCGUUCCUGGCCUCAUCUCUGGCUCUCACGCGUAACUGUGUCAAUGAGAAAAUUAGAAGACGGUACUACCUACACCCGAAAUUGGAUGAGUUAAAGGAUCAUAUUCCUGCCCGAGUGUUGCCAAGAGAAUGGGGAGGCGAAGAAGAAUCCAUAGAGCUACUCGGGAAAAAAUGGCGACGCCGUGUCGACGAGAUCAGCCCGUAUUUGCGCAUACUAAACGAAGCAUGUAAUAUCGCACCUACACCCCUCAAUGAUGUCGAUAUUUAUGGCACUGUAGGCGCUUUCAGAAAACUUGAUAUCGAUUAA